GAAGAGCAGAUUAUUUACCCGGUGGAGAAACUUCUGAAAGUGGCCAGUACGGAGCGAGAGUUUGGGAAUUAUUUCUUCCAACAGCAACGGUAUGAGGAUGCGAAGGACCAGUACAAGAAGGCUCUCUCGGUGUUUGCACAUUGUCACGAAACUGGUGAGGAGCCAACUCAGGCAAUUCACUCCUCCAAACUAUUGCUGUACCUGAACCUGUCUCUGGCCAGUCUGAAGUUGAAUGCGCCCAGGCGGGCUCUGGUUUAUGGGGAGAGAGCUCUCAGCAUCGACAGCAAGAACCGCAAAGCUCUGUUCAGGUGUGGCCAGGCCUGCAUACUGCUGCUGGAGUAUGACAAAGCCAAGGACUUCCUACUGAGGGCACAGAAACUGGAGCCGUUCAAUCCUGACGUGAACCGUGCUCUGGUGAAGCUGGACAGAUGCUACCGAGAGUGGAGCUUGAAGGAGAAGGAGAUGUGUACCAGGAUGUUUGCUGCCUGGGAACCUGCAGCAGUGAAAGAUUAAAGUGAGUCAUCUCCGAUUUGCAUGGGAGUUGGAGCUUAAAGCAGGCACUGUGCUGCUUCAGGAAUUAGUGACGGCUUCUUUAAACUGCCUCUGAAUGGGAAGUGGUUUUGUUGCCACUGUUCUCCCUGUGAAGGUUCUGAGUGUUGCAAUUUUACAGGCAGCAGUAACCCUUCAUGGGUGACCUCUGGGUUAUGGGAUGGAAGUGGGCUGACACUUGACCUGUCGUCAGUAUCAAGGGCCUGAGAGGAGCAGGUGGGAAUAAUCUCCAUCUCCAAAACUCCUGCUGACUGGGGAAUUUCCUGCACUCUGGGCCACAUCGGA